AUGUUGACAGAAAUUCCGUUAGGUCUGGAGACAGGUUGGUCAUGUGAACAUAGGGGAGGAAAUUCUGGCUUCGGAUGCUGUCUAGAAAUCAGAAGACAACGGCUGUACUUAUACUCACAGUCGCUCGAUACACAAAUCGCAUUUACGAAAAAUGUCGUGCCAUCUAAGGAUGCAGGCGAUCUCGCUGAACUUGGUCAUUCGCAAGCACUCAGCCGCAAGUUCGAUACAGGGAGCUUGCUGUCCCUCGCCUUUGUCGUUCUGGGCACUUGGUCGGUCUUUGCGCAAAGUCUGGCCAGCGGCCUUACCAACGGUGGUCCCAUCACUAUUCUCUGGGGCCUAUGUUUGGUCACGUUCUGCAACACUUGCAUCGGCGUUUCCCUAGGAGAGAUGUGCAGCAGUAUGCCAACCGCUAUGGGCCAGACCUACUGGGUCUCACGGCUCUGGCCGACUCCAGCUGGUCGCUUUACAUCGUACCUCUGCGCCUGGAUCAACACCUUUGGAUGGUGGCAUUUACUUCUAACCCUCUUAAACGUUAUUUCUUGUCGACGGGACAAAAUCCUUCCAGUUUUCAACAACUUUGUCGGCAUCACAUUUGCCGGGUUAUUUUUUGUUUUCGGCCUUGCUCUACUCAUAUCUGUGGGGACCAAAGAUGAACUCCGAUUCCAACCCCCAUCGUUUGUCUUCGGGGCCUGGAUCAAUCGCACGGGUUGGAGUGAUGGGAUAGUAUGGUUCAUGGGCCUCGUCCAAAGCGCCUAUGGACUCACUGCUUUCGACGCUGCCAUCCAUCUUGUGGAGGAGAUACCUGCACCUCGAAAGAACAUCCCUCGGGUAAUCUGGUUGUCCAUCAUUUGUGGUGCUGCUACUGGAUUCCUAUUCAUGGUUGUCUGUCUCUUCUGCAUUCAAGACCUCGAACAGGUUCUCGACCCGACAACUGGCCUCCCAUUCAUGGAUCUCGUCAGAAGUACAGUCGGGCUGCAAGGAGCAGCAGUCCUAAUUGCUCUCUUCAUCAUCACUGGCUUGGGCCAGGGGGUCACUGUGGUGACGACAGCGUCUAGACUCACAUGGGGCUUUGCGCGCGACGGAGGCAUCCCGUGGAGUUCCUACUUCUCCCAUGUUGACGAAACGUGGAAGGCACCCGUCCUUCUGGAGGCCAUCGUCGGCGUCAGUACUAUUGCUCUCACGAUAUCCUACGCCAUACCCAUUCUUACGCUUCUGUUGGUUGGGAGAAGUAAACUACCACCCGCGGAAUUCCGCCUUGUUCGGUGCGGAGCCGCCGUUAACUGGGUAUCGAUUGUUUACUGUCUGAUAACGACUGUUUUCUUCUUUUUCCCAGCCGAGCCCAACCCAGCUGUUCCUGACAUGAACUAUGCUAUCGCUGUUUUCGGCAUUAUUCUCCUGUUCAGCAUCGGCUUCUGGUUCAUUAAAGGGAGGCAAACGUACUUGCAAGUCGAAGACAUUGCUGGACGGGUCAUUUAUGGCACAGCUGAGAACCACCCCCAAGGCAUGGCCGAGUCUGAUUCGAAGAGAGACUGA